AUGCCUUACACUCCACCAUCACACCAUACGCCCACGAGCUCCAAACAGUCGAGUCCCACUCCGAGCAGGUCUCAUUCCUACAUCAAAGGACCGUUGCAUUCGCCAGAGUCGUCUGAGCGACACAACCUUCCUCGUUCAAACGGUUCCUCCUCGUAUUUGACCAAGCACCGGCGGAGUCCCUCAUUAAAUGAUGCAAAGAAUGAUAUUCUUCACAAUGGCGAGGCGUACGAAGUGAACGGGGCCUUUGACCCCCACGGUAGUAUCCGCCAGUCGCCUCCGCCCGUGACAAAUGCAUUGAUACCAGCAGGAAUGACAAUAUCUCCCCCAGAUUCUUCCCACAAUUCGAGUGACGAGGAUGAACCUGAGCGAGGACGACCGAGGGAUUUGGAGGACAAUCUCCAGAUCCAAGCGCUGCAAGAAGCCAUCCGGUCAAUGGAUCAGAGGAAGUUGACCGGAUCCCCCACUCGUGGAGAGGACAACGAUUGCGCCUCAACCACCAUGACGGACCUUGUUAUUACCCGUCUCGAUGGCACACAAUCAGCAGGUCCUGCCGUCCUGCGGCUACCCUUGUCACAAGAGGCCCGGAAAAUCAGCCACUCGAGGUCUUCGACCGACUCUAGCAUUGUCUUCGAGCCACCUUCAAGGCAAAUCCCCUCUGUGGUAGCCCUCCGGCCAGACACUGAUGACAGCGACAGCGAUAACCCUCCCGCUGAGCGACCGAUAAUGGUGCGCAAGAAAUCAGGUGAACUCGUCCGUCCAGCUCUGCGGGCAUCUUCACGACGGCGCCCAUCGAGCAUGCCUGGAACACCGACCUAUUCCAAAGCGGUGCACUUCGACUCUCACCUGGAACACGUCAGACAUUUUCUGCAAGUCGACCGACCUCUCGCCGUGAGUGCCGGUUCUUCUCCCGUAGAGAACUACGAGAGUGAGAGUGAUUUCCCCUUUGGAUCUGACGAGACCAAUGCUCGCCCUCGCACACCUUCAUAUGAAUGGGAUAUCCGCUUGAACAAUUUCCCGACUGACUUGGGAGCUCGAAAGUCCCAACCUGUUUUUGUUGAAAGAAUAUUCCUCUCCUCUGACAACAGGAACCUCAUUGGAACCGUGGCGGUGCAGAACCUUGCGUUCCACAAACUGGUUGUCGCCCGAUUCACAUUCGACUACUGGAAGACCACUUCGGAAACCGUUGCCGACUACAACAAUGAUGUUCGCCGUAAGGGUAACCACGAUGGCCUCGACCGCUUCAACUUCACCAUCAAGCUCGAGGACCAGACAAACCUAGAAAGCAAGACACUGUUCUUCUGCAUCCGCUACAAUGUCAGUGGUCAGGAAUUCUGGGACAACAAUGCAGGCGCCAAUUACCAAGUGGACUUCAGCAAGAAAUCCAAGACGCCACAAAGCAAGUCCAGCUCUGGAGAGAGACCGCUGAAUGGCUUACCUCGUAGUCGACCAUCAGCACCUACCUCUUCUGCGAGGCCGGUCUCGAUGCCGACCUCCUUUGAUGACUUCUCAACCGGUUUUGACAGCUUUGGGAGCUUCGUGCAGUCCCCCAGCUCUCUGAUAGGCGAGCCCAAGCUGAAGCUGAGAAGCCCCAAAUCCAAAGCCGAACUUAUCCCCGAUGCUCCCCAGCGCCGUAAGCAGGCUGGGCCUCAGGCAUUUGGGAAUCGUUACGAUUUCAAGACAUCGUUGACGGCGGCAAAGAACAACGCCUACGCUGCCAUGGGCGAGUGGUCUGGCUUGGGUCCAAGGACGUACACAAAGCAGUCUUCCCACGAGGUUUCUGCGGCUGCUCCUGUGCAGACUGUUGCAAAUGCUGCUCCCAAGCAUGAGACUGGCGUCAACGGUGUGAAAGUCGGGGCCAAUAAAACCGCUCCUGCUGUUGCUCCUUUGACAUCCAAGCCGGCUGCUUUGCUCUCAGAGAAACCCUCUCUCAGCUCACAGAGCUAUAAGGAGCUCGUGGACAAGUACUGCUUUUUUGGAUCGGGCAAGAUUGAUUGCGCCGUCAAGGCUGAUGGAUCGGCGGAAUCUGCCUCUGCGUCCGAUGUGAGCAACGGGGGCAGUUCGUCCGAUUCAUCCGGCUCGACAACACCCACACCACCUCGAAGCAUGUCUCCCGUGCUAGAUUCUCAAUCGCCCAAGUCAUUUACGCAGUAUGUCGCACGUUCUGCGUCACCUGUGUCACGAACGGGGGGGUAUUUCGGCUCUCGAUCUGGAUCGCCAGCAUCGUCCUUCGGAUAUCCGUAUCACUCGGCGACACAACAUACCUUGAUGCCCGAGUCACCUACACCGACAGCAAUUCAUGGAUAA